AUGGUUUCUGGAGCGCUGCGCCGGGCUUUAGCCCCUCGACUGAGUACCCUUUCGGAGGCGCAUUCACAUGGAGCUGCCCUUACAUCGCGCAAUCUUCUCUCGAAUUCAUUUACGAAGCCCAUCAGUAUCAUAAAGCCGGCAAGUCUUUUUCAUGCUGCAUCGGGGCACCGCCACGGUCUUGCGACGCACGCCGUGCUUGACGCCACCUUCUCCGCGCAACCGUUGCUUCUACAACGCAUCGCGGAACGGCGAGCUGCCCUUGCAUAUAAACCGUCGUCAGUUGCAUUGACACGACCGUUUUCGACAAGCACGAGCCUUCAAGAGCAACGGCAAAACCAACCGCCAAGAAUCGAAGAGAAGUCGCAGCCUUCGGAGAAGAACGAGCCAGAUGACGACGAGGCUGACUUCGAGUUUAAAAAGAGCGACCGCGCCGCCCAAGCUGCGCAAGUGAAUCUCGCUGCAAAGCUUUCCAAGGAUAGCAAGCAGCCUACAAAAGCAGGACUGCAGGAAAUAUGGCGAUUGAUCAAGGUUGCUCGUCCUGAGCUCCGCUGGCUCGGUGUUGCAUUUAUCUUCCUGGUCAUUUCGUCGAGUGUUACCAUGUCGAUCCCAUUCUCCGUCGGCAGAAUCCUUGAUCUCGCAACAAAAGGCGAGGACGAAGAUAUUCGUCUUUUUGGACUUACCUUGAACCAGUUCUUCAUCGGCCUUGCUGGCAUUCUUACACUGGGUGCUAUGGCCAACUUUGGACGAGUUAUUCUGCUGCGCAUUGUGGGCGAGAGAGUAGUUGCGAGACUUCGAUCGCAGCUUUACCGCCGCACUUAUGUGCAAGAUGCAGAAUUCUUUGAUGCAAACCGAGUCGGUGAUUUGAUCUCAAGACUGAGCUCCGACACUGUUAUUGUAGGCAAGUCAGUCACACAAAAUAUCAGUGACGGUCUUAGAGCCUUAUUCAGCGGUGGUGCCGGAUUCGCUAUCAUGGUCUGGACGAGUCCCCAGCUCACUGGCCUUUUGCUCUUAAUGUUUCCUCCGAUUGCCAUUGGCGCGUUCUUUUACGGCCGAGCGAUCAGAAACAUCAGCCGAUCUAUCCAGAAGAAUCUUGGUACACUGACCAAGAUUGCCGAGGAACGACUCGGAAAUAUCAAGACCAGCCAAGCUUUCGUCGGAGAGGUUCAGGAAGUUGGACGCUACAAUAGACAAAUUCGAAGGAUUUUUGCACUGGGCAAGAGAGAGUCACUGGUUGCGGCAACGUUUUUUGCUUCUACAGGCUGGGCUGGCAACAUGACUAUUCUGGCAAUGCUUGUUGUUGGCGGAAGCUUUGUGCGCAACGGAACUAUGUCACUCGGAGAUCUCACAUCUUUCAUGAUGUACACAGCGUUUGCCGGAUCAAGCUUAUUUGGCCUGUCCGGUUUCUACUCUGAGCUGAUGAAAGGUGUAGGUGCCGCGAGUCGUUUAUUUGAACUCCAAGAUCGUCGCCCUGGAAUCCACCAAACUGUUGGGAAACCUGUCAAAUCUGCCCAAGGCCCUAUCAAGUUCAGCAAUGUUACCUUUGCCUACCCGACGCGUCCCGCUGUCAAGAUCUUCAAUGGCCUCGACUUCGAAAUUCCUUCCGGAAGCAAUGUAUGCGUCGUCGGUCCUUCUGGCGGUGGCAAGUCCACAGUUGCUUCCCUCCUCUUGCGAUUCUACAACCCGACAGAGGGAAGUAUUACUAUUAAUGGAGUAGAUAUUUCCGGAAUGAAUGUCAAGUCUCUGAGGCGUCGCAUUGGCAUGGUAUCUCAAGAGCCAGUUCUGUUUUCAGGAACGAUCGCCGAAAAUAUUGCAUAUGGAAAACCACAUGCAUCCCGAGCAGAGAUUAUUGCUGCAGCCAGACGCGCCAACUGCAGCUUCAUCAGCGAUCUCCCAGACGGACUGGAGACCCAGGUUGGUGCGAGAGGAUCGCAGCUCUCUGGUGGCCAAAAACAGCGCAUUGCAAUCGCCAGAGCCCUUCUGAAGGAUCCUGAUAUCCUGAUUCUCGAUGAAGCCACUUCGGCCUUGGAUGCUGAAUCCGAAACACUCGUCAAUGAAGCUCUCGCUGGCCUUCUUCGUGGACACAACACCACCAUCUCCAUUGCCCAUCGCCUGUCGACGAUCAAGCGCUCUGACCAAAUUAUCGUUCUGAAUACCGAGGGUACGGUCGCAGAAAUUGGUAGCUAUGCACAACUCGCUGCCAACAAGGACAGUGCUUUCAGCAGAUUGAUGGAGUGGCAAAUGAGCGGCGGGGAUGUUCCAGAGAAGCGCCCAUCUGCUGCGGCGGCGCACAUCACCGAGGCAGAAUAUAUGGAACAGGAGAGGCAAAAAGAUGAAGAGGAGCUCAUUGAAGAGGAAGAGCACAAGGAGAAAGACCCAGAAAGUGAAACCACAGAGCAGAAGCAGAGAUGA